CGCAGAGUUACUUACCUUCAUGUGCGUGCGCGGGCGCGCGGUGGCGGGCGUGGCCCGCCCGUGCCCUUUUUUGUAUCUAUGUUCUUCCCGGCUGCCGAUGUUUGCACCUGGAUGCAGCUCUCUCUCUGCUGCGUGUUUAUUUGUCAUUGCGCUCUUGCUCUUUGCCGGAGUCCGGUGUAGUUACAAAGUAGCGCCUUUCCCCGCUAGCUCGCGUUCAGUUUCGCAGAAAAAGAAAUCAGUCGAGGACCAGCACACAUGAGCAAAGAGAGUAAGCCCGCUGACUAAAAAGAUGCACUGCAAAAAGGACUUCAGAGACAGAUUUGAUCACCUCCAACCAUGCCUCGCCCACCAUUGCUGCAACUGUGGAAACAGUUUUGCUGGACCUGCCGCCAAUUGCCCGACAACGUACGGCGACGGGAAAUUAGGAUUGCUAGAGGGUAUAUGCACUGCAAAAGUGUCGCACUUACUAGUAUAAAUCGCAAUACAAAUUUUUCCAGAAAGAUAGAUGGAAUUUGUAAUGCUGAUUAUGCUAAGAAACAAGAUUUGUCAUGCGUGAUUGCAAUUAGUACGAGUGCGAUACUUUUGCACAGGAUAGGGCAUUUGAAAAACCUAGACGAACCAAAACGGGUCCCGGCAAUACGCUACCAGCUGAGAAAUAUGGAGCAGGUUGUCCAAAUGAUCAAGUACAGAAGCAUCAAAAGGAGGUAUGAUUUGUAAAAACGAACAAGAAACUGGAACUGUGCCUGUUUUAUUGCAUCAGGAUUCACAAGAUUCUAUCGCAGAAUGGAUGUUGGCUUCGGUGGGCCGAUUG